CUCUGUGUUGCGAAACGGUACUGUCGUUCGUACGUUACGUGUUAUUAUUUUGUGCAUUGUAUCGAAAUAACGAAGUGAAGUGAACUGUUUGCUUACUUUGUGUUACGUAUUUAUGCAGUCAAUAUGUUGGUCGGUCCGCAAAAGUCUAAAAUCAGUGAGAACAAAUGUGCGAAACCAUACUGUCAGUGUUUCAAGAAACGUGAACCAGUGCCAUGGAAGCAGGUGAACCCUUGUUCUUGCGGAGAAGAUGUUGAAGUUCGCGAAUGGAAAUGGCAGCAACCCGAAGAGAGUCAGAGUUGGGUGGUGUUCGAAGACAACCAGAAGCAGGUCACGUUCCACCCGUUCUACAGUUCUGGCACCGCCGCAGUGAGAGGAGACACAGCUUUCAGCAAGGACCACCAUUACUACUGGGAAAUCAAAAUGUUAACAGACACCUAUGGCACUGAUAUUAUGGUAGGCAUCGGCACCGACAAAGUGAACAUCGCAGACAGCCGCUUUAGAUUCACGUCCCUCCUGGGCGAAGACGAGAAUUCCUACGGACUGUCAUAUAAAGGAGCCGUGCGACACGACGCGAAGAAGGCGGACGGCCCGGGCUUCUGUAGAGGCUCCAUCGUUGGCGUGCGAGUUGAUAUGUGGCAGGGGACGCUGGAGUUCUAUCUCAACAGGAAACCACAAGGCAUAUCCUUCUACAAUCUCCGUCGCCAUCAGAACUUGUUCCCGAUGGUGUGUUCAACCGCCGCGCAGUCCACCAUGCGACUGAUAUACGCGGCGUCUUGGCGGGCGUCGCUCCUGGUCGACGCGGCGAAGAUAUUGUCAGCGUCAGUCAGUGAGCAAGAGAGGGCGCGGAUACCACCGGGGCUGUGGAGACUGUUCCGGCCGCAUUUCUGGAUGCUCAUGCCUACUGAAGAAACAUCUCAGCAAGAAGAGUCUCCUAUGGACUUCGAGGAGGUCAGCGAUAGCGUGGCGUGUCGGUUACAGCGGCGAUCGUCGGGCGUGAAGCGGCGACACUGGCAGAUCGCGCCCGCCCGCGCGCGCCGCCCGGAGACGCUCGCCUGAGGCGGCGCGACAAGCGGAGCGUCGAGCGUCUGAAGCACUACGCCAGCCGGCCUAGCCGAAGUGAAUCGUUGACACGAUGUGCGGAUAAAAAGCAGUCUGGCUUUGUCGCACCACUGUUGAAGAUAGAAAGAGACGAUCAUAAACGAUUGUGACAUUAGCUAGGUACCCAGGAUACGCCUCCAACAUAUAUUAUACCUAUUUUCAAGUUAACGCCGGACGCUCCGCUGUUCGCUGCUAAAAGUAAUUUUGCAGUGUUUUCACCCACAUGGUUUUGUUGGAUUGGUAAUGCCAAUGGUUGAGUUCGUCUCGACUAUUACCUUACAUCUAAUAAUGAAUUCAAGUCUGGUAACUUAAGGUUGACCCUGUUUAUAUUCCUACAGAGACAAAUCACAGCUAGUCUUAAGGAUAAGUAUAGACUAAAAUAAUAAUAUACCUCUAAGAAAUGUCAGCUCCAUUAAAAUAAAUAUUAUCAUGUUUAAAACUAGUAGGUAUAUCGUUUCAAUCUGAAGGAAUGAACAUGGUUUACUCUAAAUGCCUACUUGUACAGUCAGGUAUCAAAUAAAGAUGCAGACAUAGCGCCAAAAAUAUGUACAUAACUUUAUUAGUUAUUGCUUAUGCGGUAAGGUUGUGGGUACAUAUUUUUGCGUCUAUAUUUAAUACCUUAACUGUACUUGUUUCAAAUGAAAUAUCGUUUAGGAUUAUAUAUUACUAGCUAUUGCCCGCGGCUUCGCUCGCGUUAGAAAGAGACAGAAAGUAGCCUAUGUCACUCUCCAUCCCUUCAACUAUCUCCACUUAAAAAAUCACGUCAGUUCGUCGCUCCGUUUUGCCGUGAAAGACGGACAAAGAAACAGACACACACACUUUCCCAUUUAUAAUAUUAGUAUGGAUGACUGGAUUUUAGUUGCUCCUAUCGCAGAAAGAGGCAGCAUUAAUUAGAUAUAAGAAUUAGUUAAUGUUUUUUUUAGAAAUUCAAUUUUGAGACUGGAUUGCUUUUUUAGUCCCAAAACAACAUUUUUCUUUUAAAUAUUAUAAAUUUAUUAGAAUAUACAAUACGAAUAUUUUUUUGUCUGUGUAGGAUAUUUAACAAAAUAAUAAAUUGGUACAGUUACAUUUACGCUAUUCCUUAAGAAAUUGGACAUCGCAACAGAUUACUCAAGAAUAAAUAGGUACAAUUAAAAAUGUAAUAAUUCCUAAUUUAUAGCAAAAUUAUGUAAAAAACGCUCGUGUAUAUAAUGUUUAGAUAUUUUUAGUGAGUCUGACUAUCGAAUCAUGUUAAAUAUCUCUAUAUGAAUAAGUAUAUGUAUAAAACCUAAUGAAUAUUUAUGUACAUUGUAAGAAUAAUUCAGAGAAAUAAUAUUCGCCGUGGCAUUUAUGUAAACAAACCAGCUUUUAGUUCGUUUGACAUUAACAGGAAUAAUUAAUAAAAUCGUAUACAAUAUUUUUCCGACUUUACCUUAAACCUACAAGAAUAUAAAUGUUAGUGACAAUUGUUAAGACUGUACAUAUUAUUAUAUUUUGUAAACAAACUCUUGUUAAGUAACGAGUUAAAAUAACUAUUUUAAGACUUGGCGUGAACGAUGUGCUGAAAUGGUAAUUUGAAAUAAAUUUCUGUGAUAUGUUGUAA